AACCACUGAACUGAGAGCGACGCGCGCUCGUGAGCGCUCCUGAACAAACUCGUCGGGCAGCCCCGUUGACAUGUCACCAUGGCAACACUGCACCGCAGGGAUUUCCUCGUAUCUCGCCUGUUUCAGUCGGUUUAUUAGCGAGCUUACGAGUUAACCGAGGAAACAUGUUGGGAGUAUGUUACAUGAGUUGAGGAAAAACGUUAAAGCAGAGCUAAACGUGGGGGAACACAGGACAGAAUUAAUGCAACACCACCGGACGCUAACUGUCGCAAAUAACAACAAAACAACAUAAAGAUGAAAGACUUCUGCUGUCUCAGAUAAAAGGAUCCGUUUUCCGGCUGAGGAGAACCAGGAGACGAGUCAAAGGGGACAGAGGAAGGCGCUAAUGUCACUUUACGGAUGCUGACUUCCAUAAAAGAUGUCGGAUUUAUUGUGCAGGUGGUUGAACGAGCUCCGACUGACAAAAGUUGUUGAGCCAAAGACCAUAGCCAAAGAAUUUUCCACUGGAUACCUAAUUGGAGAGGUUCUGCACAAAUAUCAAUUGCAGAAUGAUUUCCACUUGUUUACGAGGAAAGACACCUCCAUCUCCAAAGUGAAUAAUUAUACCCGCCUUGAGCCUACUAUCCAGUUACUGGGCAUCUCCUUUGACGUAAACACAGCGCAGGAGCUGAUGCAGGAGAAGCAGGGCGUCGCCUCACGUCUCCUUUACCAACUCUACACUGCACUUGAAAACAAGAAGAAAGCAGAGAUGACUGGUACCAUGAUGGAAAUCAUGCAGCCAGCAGCGAUUGCAGGCCUGCACAAAAAGCUGCAUAACAAGUACACUGAUAGACUACAUCAGGUGGUGAAACGGGAUGCAGAUAUGAAGCUGCAGAAGAUUACUCAGCAUUAUGAGGAAACAUUUCAGCAACUGAAAAACAGGGCUGUCCCGAUCCAUCACAUCCAGCAAAAGAGCUCGCUCAAAGUCCAGAAUGAGAGAACAAAGAAUAUUGAGAAGUUGCCCCGUCAGAAGUUCAUUGGCAUCAUGUCUUCUAACCAGGCCGCACCUGGUCAGGUGCCCAAGCCACCGCCCUACACUAAACAACUGCACCUGAAGAAGAGACGACUGCAACAGCAGCAGCAGCAGCAGCAGCAACACAAAGAACGACAGGCACAGACGGUCCACAAUGAAAUAUACCUGUUUGAGUCAAACAGAAAGAAACUGCUUACUGCUGGCGUUCCUUCCUCCUCAAGUAGUCUGCCCAUCGCUGGCUAUGUUCUGACCUGUGGCAGCGGCAGCAGCAGUGGCUUUGAGGAGCAUGGAAGUGGAAGUCAGUUUAUGUUGCAGCCCAAUAGCAAGUAUAUGCAGGAGCUCCGACAGAAGCUGGAGGAGAAUGCUGCAGCUCGCAAGCAGAGAGAUAAAAGGCGAGAUAGAUUCCUGGUGGAGCAGCUCAGGGCCCACGAAGCUCAAGAGGAAGCAUGGCGAAAUGAGCAGCUCGUGAAGCGUCUGACGCGUCAGACUCAGCAGGAGCUGCGUUUGGCAACUCAGCUCCUGCAAAUUCGCGUGCAGAAGGAAGUGAUUCGGCAGAACCGCCUCUUCAGAGAGCAGCAGUACCAGCAGCGGAGGGAGAGGGACUAUCAGGAGGCUCUGUACAGAGAGGCGGCUCUUGCUCAGCAGGUCAAGCUGGACCAUGCAGAUGAGAUCAGGAAGGAGUUUGAGUUCUUUAACAAGAUUGUUGCUGAGCGAGCGCAGCGCAAAUACCAGAAGCACUAUAACAGCUGCAAGGACAUUGUGGAGCAGAUGUUGGACUUAGCCACCAAGAUUGGAGAAUUUCGACUGAUCACUGAAAAUCUGAUUCCAGAGAAGCUGAUGAGGGAGUGGAAAGAAUUGUAUUUGAGUGGUUUUCCUCUCUACGAGCCGAUCAAGGACCCACUGCCCGGAUUGGAGUCAUCUACCCCAGUAGACCCUGUGGAUGUUAAGAAGCAGGAGCUACUUAACAACCAGGAAUAUGAUGAAUACACUAACAUGGUAUGUGAUUGGACAUGGCCAAAGGAAGCAGGGGAGACCAAAUCACCCCCAACCAACAACAACAUUCUUGGACAUGUCAUACAGCGACUGAGGAACAUUGCUUAUCCAAUCAUCGAGAAACCCAGCACACCUCCAUUUCCUCCCUUUAUCCUCAAAGCCUGUGUCCUGGGCAAGUUUUGCUGUGGCAAGACCACCUGCCUGGCCAAGAUCGCCAAGGCACAUGGCAUCUGUUUCCUGUCAACUGACACACUGGUUGAGGAAAUGCUGAAUGCUUACCACAAUGAAGAGGAGAUGUCUACUCUGGCCGCAAAGGGAGCAGCAGCAGAGGAAGAGCUGAAAAAAGGUCAUGGAAUUCCUAAUGAGCUGUUAGUAGACAUUAUAGUAGAUGCUAUCAGGCAAGUUCCACCAGAGUCAGGUUGGAUCCUGGAGGGAUUUCCAGCGGACAUCACUCAGGCCCACCUACUAGAAAAAGCCCUGGGAGGAUCUGUCAAAGUAGUGAAAGAAAUGGAAAAAAGCAGAACAGACCUUGUCAUGGAUCCUGAUCCACCCAAACCUAAGCCUACUCCAGAUCCUGUUUUGGAUCUGGUUCUGCUCCUGGAUAUUCCAGACGACGUCGUGAUCAGACGAGCAUUCAGUCACGCAGUUAGUGCAAAUACAGAUACUGCUGCUGAUACAACCCACAAUCCCUCAGACAAAAAUGUGUAUCUGGCACAGAUUCCACACAGGAUCACAGCUUUUCAAGAUACAUGGGCAAAACUUGAGAAAUGGUUUGGCUCAAAGCAAAAUAUUCUGGUCCAUGUUGAUGCCAAUGUAGAUGAGGAGGUGCUCUGCCAGAGGGUGGAGUCUGUCCUGCAGUGCUACGUAAUGGCAGAGCAUAAAGCAUCCAUUACUCUACCGGGGGAACAACCUCCACCCGUCUCUGAUAACUCUGCAGGCCUCAAAGAUUCCUCUUCCAGCCUUAAAAAGAACAAAAUGUCACCAGGGCGUUCUGAAAAGACAUCACCUUCCUCAGUGACCAAUGGAGCUCACAAGGAUCAAGCUAAAUCUUCUUCUCCCCAUUCACUUCCACCCAACUGGGUCUAUGUGGAUGAACGGCUGCCUCCAGAAAUCCCAGCGUAUCUGUGUUCCCAUUGGGACAAAUUAUGUGUGUCUUAUGUGAAAGGCAUAAAGACAGUGAUGCAGCAGCUGCGCUCACAAACAGCUGUCAUUUGCCAUCACCUCUACAACAUCAGGGAGGAGUUCAAGCAUAAGCUGUGGCGUUCAGACGUAAAGCAGGAGUUUGUGUCCGAGUGGCAGACGAACUUCAACAGCAUAUCUGAUGACAUGAGAGAAGACGAGGAAACCAAAGCGGAGCUACAUCUGAGACUUGAUGAGCUGCAUGAACGUCUGCGGGACAUCAGUAACAAGCGCAAGGAGCAGAAUGAGAAAGAGAGGUCGUCUCUGAUGCACAGUGGCUGGCUGGAGGAUCACACUGCCAUUAUCAUCAGACACCACUCUGCUUUCAUACAGGUGGAAUUGGGCCGUUUUCAGGAGACUGUCUCUGUUCUUAGGGUCUACUAUUUCAGCAUGCGCAAAGAGAUGCUGCUUGAGCCACCCUCCAACUUUGUCUGUAUCCCCCUACUGGGCAAAUCAGAAGUGAAGGACCAGAGCGAGAGUCUCCAGUUCAUAUCCAAACAGCCCGACUCCCCAGGAAGGGUCUCCAAGGUGCAAGAACAGUAUCACACAGAACUAGUCAAGCCAACUCUUGAGAAAUUUAUCUCUGACUAUGACGAGGCAGUCGGAGCCAUCACCAAAUUGGUGUUAGCGGAAACCCACCAGGGGGACACAAAAGAGCAGAAGGAGAAACCACAGGAUAAGGAGAAGGAAAAAGCCACCACAGAUUCUGGCAAAAAGAAAAAAGGAAAACAGUCAUCAAAAGACCAGAAAGUUCCAGGUCCACCAAAAUCAUCUCUGACUCCCAGUCCUGUAGAGUCUGAUGGUAAAAGGUCAGAUGAGACCUUCGAUAAAAAAGUCAGAAACAAAUCACAAAAGGAGUAUGCAGCUGUACUGGAUCACGAGGAGAAUGCGGCAAAGGUGCGAAUUGCACUGGUGAAAGGCCAUGGUGUGGCCAAUGUGAAGCAUCUGCAGAGCAGAGCACACAAGGCCUUUAGCGACAUGGACACGUGGUUAAAAGAAUACUACCAUGCAGAAGUGAAGAGUAUUAACCAAUUAAUAGAAGUUGCCCGGCAUCACAUUGAGACUGGUGCUAGGCUGCACAAUGAGCUGGUGUUGACAUUUACUGACUUCUACCUGAAUGGAGACUGCCUCAUGGUGACGAGUCCGCCUCGCCUUCCACAUCCACCCCCUCUGGAGACAUCCACACCGUGCACCCCGACCGUCACACAGCUGGUGUCCCUCUACCUGCAGCUCCGCAACAUUGCUCCAUCAGGCUUCAUGUCCAGUUUUGAGUUUUCCAAUUUGCUUAGGGAUAUCACUUGUGUUGAUAUGAGCAGAAACCCCUUGCCUGAGUUGUGGAUUAACCUGACCGAAAGACAGCUGAUGGAGAUCGUGACCCCGCUCACGGACCAAUAUGAGCUGAUUGACUGGCGAUGGUUUCUGCUCAGUGCUGCCCUCCCGUGGCCUUUUCCCUCGUUAACGCAGCUGCUUGUCGUGCUGCAACAUUUCAAAGCAGUGGAUCCCGAAAACACCGGCUUUAUCGACAGGGAGCAGUACCUGCAGACAGACUUGUGGUUUGCCAGGGAGAGUGUCCAUCCGGCCACAGACGAUCCCCCUGAGCCUCUUCCUUUUGACCGUCUGUCUUACCUUCGCAAGUUCUUUUUCCAGUUGUUUGCGGACCAUUCUGUCUCUCCACCUCAACUGGACUAUGUGUCCAUGCUGCAGUAUUUUGCUGCUGACCCUGUUCCCAGACAGGCCUUCAUUAGAGCACUCAGUGUAAGGGUUGGACAAGUGCUUGAACAAUCCACAGAGGGCAAGCUCGUCAAGUCUAUGUCCAGUAUAAAGGACGACACCGAGCUCAGCCGCUCACAAUCCGUUGGAGUGAGCGAAGAUAUUCUCGAGGGUCAGAGAGUGUCCAUGCCUGCUCUGCUUGCUGUCAUCUGCCACAAAAUCACCAAGACAAAAGACAACAAAGUCCGUCCUCCUGGCUGCCCGAGUGAAAAGGAGCACACCGAGAAACUGGUCGACAUUUUCAGUGGGCUUGGCUACGAGCCGGAGGACAGUGUCCUCUUCUCCACGCUGUCUCAGCAUCCUUUCAUCCAGAGCCUGAUGGAGACAUCGACACAUUACCAGCUUGUAAAAAUCCAUGAGAUACUGCUGCCUGAUCAGGGUGAAGGUUGCAUUCAAGACAACAAUAACUGAGACCAAAUCAUGACCAAGGUCAGAGGGAACUGAGACUAUGGGACAAGACCAAAACUCGAAGGGGCCUAAGGUGAUGAGGAGGGAAUGACAAAUAAGAAGAAGGCAGAAAUGCCACGGAUGCUAACAGCUGUAAAACACCAAAGAAGAAGAAGAAGAAGACUUUUAGUAAUUGAGACCGAGUUAAGACCAAGACCCAUCCUCUGGAGUAUAAACAGUAUGUAAAUAUAUACAUAUAUAUAUAUAUAUACACGCAUAUAUAUAUAUAUAUAUAUAUAUAUAUAUAUAUAUAUAUAUAUGUGUGUAUAUGUAUACGUACUGUAAUAUGAUCAUUUUACAGAUUAAUACUAAACAUUUAUUUACUGAAAAUAAUAGCAAUGCGCUGAGGUAGCAAACUUCACUGGAUGUUGAGGAAUUAUAAAUUACUGUGGGCAUAUAUUAUAUUUUUGCGUUAUGUUAAGCAGAACUGCGCUUACUAGUGUGCUCUUCUUUCACUCUAUACCAGUGUAAGGUGUUUCCCUUACUAUGAAAGUUCCUUACGUUUAUUUGCCACAAUUCAAAUAAAAGUGAUUUGGUUUGAAAUGAAAAAAAGAUUUCACAUCAGUGAUAUCCGUGAUCGGCCACUACUGCAUCAAUAACCUAACUGCACUGUAGUCGGGAACACGACUACAAGAGUUUAUUAGUCUAGAGCCAGGUCUGCUCAGCACACUGAUAACACACACAGUGCACAAAGAUUUGAGAGGGUUGUAAUAUUUGAUCUGUAACUCUGUAUGUAAUCUCAAAAUUAGCCAUGGUAAUGUAAUCCUCGUCGAUAGACCAUGUAUCUUUUUGCAUAAUAAGUCACGUAUGUCGAGUGAGGUAGUUGUAACGUGGCGUCUAGUGUUUUAUUUUGGACUGUGUUAUGCAACUCAAGCCUGUUUGGUUUAGGAAAGCACACACAGCAAACACACAGCUCUGUCUUGUCUCCAUAAUCCUAAUUUGACUUUGUGUACAGGGAGUAGGUGAGGGGCAGCAGCUGUUCUCAUGUUUUCCAAAUUCCAAUCACAUAACGAAUAGUUAUCAUGGUCUUGAUUUAAAAAUCCCCUGACCGAUAUGACGUAUGCGCUUCGACGGGAUCUUGUGACAAAGACCAGUGUCUUAAUCAUGUUACAACACUAGUGAAGGGGAGACUAAAAAGAUAAAAGAUGAGAUGUAUACAAUACUUGCUAGUGUGGCCAUUUUAAAGUAUUCUCAUUGUCUGUAUGUGUUUAAACAUUUGCUUAUUACGGUAUUAAAUAAAUGCAUCAUUUUUGAUCAUAACCUUUGUUCACAAUGC